UAUUUCAGAGGUGUAAAGAAAAGCUCAACACCCUAGCCAUUUCAGUAAUGAAUCAGUGGCCAGGAGUACGCCUUCGUGUUACAGAAGGUUGGGAUGAGGAAGGUCAUCAUGCAUCAGAUUCUUUGCAUUAUGAAGGCCGUGCUGUGGAUGUGACUACCUCUGAUCGUGAUCGUUCUAAAUAUGGAAUGUUGGCCAGGCUUGCUGUUGAAGCUGGAUUCGACUGGGUAUAUUAUGAAAGCCGCGCACAUAUUCAUUGUUCGGUGAAAUCAGAAUCUUCCGAUGCGGCAAAAUAUGGAGGGUGUUUUGCCGGGGAGAAUAAGAUUCAAUCGUCGUCGGGUCAAAUUUUGACGCUGUCGGAACUACAAGUCGGAGAGUCAGUUUUGGCAAUGGACCCUCGCACCAAUCAACUAAUUUUUAGUGAAGUGAUAUUAUUUUUAGACUGGCAACCGAACCAACGUAAUCUUUUUUUAAAUUUGGAGUUACAAUCGGGCCGAACUUUAACUCUUACGCCCACUCAUUUAGUGAUGACCGGAUCGCUUAAAUCUACCAUAACAGUCUUCGCAAAAACUCUCACGGUCGGUAGUAAGUUAAUUGUAGGUAAUAGAGACGAUAAUAAAUUUGAAGAUACAAUCGUAAAAGUGAGUCAAGUGUAUCGAACUGGUAUAUAUGCGCCUCUAACAAGUGUUGGUACGAUUGUUGUUAAUGAUAUCAUUGUAUCUUGUUACGCUGUUGUUGAUAGUCAUUCAUUAGCGCAUUUUGUAUUUGCGCCCAUUAGAUUAACUGCCGAAAUAAAAGGCUUCAUGAAUAGGCCAUGGCAGACCGACGGUAAAGGCUUAGGUAAUAAUGUAACUAAUGUGCCAAAGUCAGGUAUUCAGCAUCUCGGAAUACACUGGUAUGCCGAAAUACUUUACAAGAUAGCUAAUAAUUUUAUUCCAUGGAGGAUUCUCUAUACCUAAAAUUUUCACAUCAAAUCAAAUGUGUAAGGCCAGUGAAUGUAGUAUUAUAUAUUAUUAUGUAAAUACCAAUUGUUUCUUGUAUUAUUUGUAUAAAUUAUUACGCCGCUUUGACAGCUUUACCUAUUCUCUUAAAUUAUUAUGAAUUAUUUUAUUGUUUUAACUUAUAUUAUGUAAAUGAUUUGUAUAAUAAAAAUUAUUUAUCUCUUUU